GCAAAUUGUAAUGGUUAAAUAAGAGAACGGUGAUAUACCGAAACGUAGAAAAUUCGCAUAAAAAAGGAACAUACGCCUUAAUAGUAAAUGUAGUGUAAGUAUAUCAAUAUGUCUACUAUUAACCGAAAUCUACUCUGGGAGUAUCUGAUGUUCUUCGGCAUGGUUUUAAUCACAAUUUCCGUCGCGGUUUAUUCCAAAUUUUGCGGGGCAAAAGAAAAAACCAAAGCCGAUUAUGUAUUUGGCACCGUCAAAGUAUCAGUGGGUGCGAUGAUGCUGAGCAUUGCUCGAGGAAAUCUGGGCGUCAGAUCAGUCAUAGGAUUUCCAUCGGAGCUGUAUUACAGAGGAGCCACCAUGUGGGAAUCCAUCUACGGCGUUCUACUCGCCUAUCCCAUAGUGUGCUUCGUGUUCGUUCCCGUAUAUUUCAAUCUAGGAAUCACUUCCGUCUACCAAUAUUUGGAUAUGAGAUUCAAAUCGCGUUUAGUGCGGUGCUUGGCAUCGGGAACGUUCAUCCUGAGACAGUUCCUACUGCAGGGCGUCACGAUUUUCACGCCCUGCGUCGCCAUGCGGACGCUUUUCGGUUUGCCCUACUGGGUGUCCAUUUGCAGCCUGGCUUUCGUCAGCAUAUGCUUUAAUAUUUUAGGAGGACUGAACGCCGCUAUUUGGGCCGACGUGCUGCAGAGCGUAACUAUGAUCGCCGUGAGCUUAGCCAUAAUUAUCUACGGCUCCAUUGAGAUGUCGGGUUUUCAAACUAUCAUUGACGCUAACAAAGCUAACGGUAGAUUGGAAUUUUUCAAUUUCGAUCCCGAUCCUACUGUUAGAGUAACCACCAUUUCCGCUGUUACCGGACAGUUGUUUAUGUCGCUUUCUAUACUCGGAUGCCAGCAAAGCUUCGUGCAAAGAUAUUGCAGCAUGGAAUCACAAAAACAAGUGACCAAGACUUUAAUGUACAAUAUUCCUGUGAUAAUAGUCAUGUUCAGCUUAUCCUGGCUGGUUGGUAUGGUCAUCUACGCAGUCUAUGAACAUUGCGAUCCUUUCUCCUACGGCUACAUCAGUAACAUAGAUGAAAUCCUGCCGUUUUACGUCGAAGAUCGAUUCAGCUUCUUACCAGGACUGCUCGGAUUGUUUAUGGCCACUCUUUUUAAUGGAGCACUCAGUUUGAACGUUUCAAUCGUUAACUCUUUAGCGACUGUUACCUACGAAGAUUUUCUGAAAUUACUGCCUGGAAUGAAAGGAUUGAAAGGGUCACAUGAAUUGUGGACGAUCAAAAUAAUUGGAAUUAUAUACGGGAUAAUUAUAAUGGGAAUGGCUUUCCUAGUAUCUAUGCUAGACGGUGUCAUAGAAGCUUCCAUGCUGGUGACCUCAAUUACAUCAGGACCUCUCUUGGGUGUAUUUUUGUUGGCCAUGUUGAUUCCGAUCGCUAAUAGUAAGGGCGCAUCAUUCGGAAUUAUCCUCGGCCAUCUGAUUACAUUCUGGAUUGCCACCGGAGCUUUCGUUAUCGACAAACCGAAUACGUCGUAUUUACCGCUGAAAACUGACGACUGCAACGAUACGUUUUUCAGUAAUUACAUACGAAGGGAAGAUAAUUUUACGUCUGGCGUUACUGCAGCUCGGAUUAAUUAUACGGAUAUUUACCCAGUUGAUAAUGCAAAUACUAAAAAUCCCUUGUAUUUUCUCUACUCUAUAAGCUACAUGUAUUACACAUGCAUAGGCUGUUUUGUUACGGUGACGAUCGGUGCUUUGGUGUCCUAUAUCACAAGAAAUGAAAAUGAUAAAUACGAUAAUGAACUUAUUCACCCUAUGAUAUGGAAAUUGAUGGGCGUUUUCAAAAGGAAAAAAAGUUAUGACAUGAACACGUUAUCGCAAAUGAAAAUAAAGGAUAUUUACGCUCCUACGUGAAAACUACUAGAUAUAUGAAUUUUAUUAACUUUCUAUAAUUUUGUACAAUUUGUGUUUUUUAUUAAAUUAAUUGAUUUAUU